AUCUGGACUGGCAGCCCCAGGAAAUGAACACAAGUCCCCACUGCAGUCCCCUCCCUGGAGGCAGGCCCGGGCAUCCAUGCAGCCCCCAGAUCUGCAGUGGGCAGGACCUGAUUGAGGCCACCUCCGGCACGAGGAUUUGGAGGAUCCGAGGUGCCAGCGAGGCUGAGUCUCCAGGCCUGCUCCCGGCUGGCCCUGCUCAAGCGAGUUCUGGUAAGGAGCCAGGCCCCGCACCCUCCCUGCCUUACCUGGGCAGUGAGGUGGUGCCGCCGUCCCCCACCGCCCCACCUCUCCCGUGUGGACCGGCAGCCUGGCCCCCCCGGGACCCCCGGCCGUCUCCGUCUCCGGCCCUUGCUCUGCCGUCUCCCCGCACCCCCUCCUUUCCUCACUUCACACCACAGCCCAGGGCGGCUGCUGGGGCCCCAGUCCUCCACCCGGUUCCAGCCCCUUCUCCCCCCUCGCCUGCAUCGCUCUUUCUACGGAGCUGUUGUCUCAGCCUCCCUGAGAUCCUCCUGCGCCGCCGGCCGCAGCGCACAUCUGGCGGGGGCGUCUGUGAGCGGGACUCGAGUGACCGCAGGGAAGAAGGGACCCGGAAGAGAGCUCCGCAUUCCUGCCCUGCCGUUUUGCAACGACCACAUGCUUGGCUCCGAGCUCCUGGCGUCCCCACCAGCGACAUUCUUUCAGCAGAUCAGCUGCUGCCACAUCAGACCUUUUCUGUCCAGCUCUCCCCGAGGCCGGGGGGCCCGCCACCUUCGCCCGGGCCAUCUGGGUGGGGCACGAGCAAGCCACUGAGAAUUCCGGCCAAUUCAGGAGGCCUGAGCAGGUUCGGGGGAGGCCGUGGCCAAAGCCUGGGUGGGGGUGGGGGCGGGCUGAGCAGCAGGGACACGGCUUUUAAAAAGCACUUCAUGAUGCCACCUCCGUUAAAAAGGAAACUGAAAAUUAAAAACAAAGACUCUCACAGCGGGGUGGGGGGCACAGUGUUUUCAAGGGAGAGUCCCCCGUGAGUCCCCUCCUGCUGCAUAAGCACUAACAUGGGGCACCCGUUCCUCACCCCCAACCAUGUACACCCCAAACUAGCAACUGCGGCUCCCAGGGGUCCCCCGUGCCCGGGGGGAGGGGGGGUAGUGCCCCGAGGAACAUCUGGGUGUGUGGGGCAGGAAGGCAUUGGACCCGGAGUCUCAACAGACAGCAGGGAACGCUCCGCGGGGCUGUUCUACCACUUGUUUGUCUAAGGUGAUGGUGAGUCUUGAGUCAGCACAUGAGGGGUCCACGAAGUCCCCUGGGUGACCUUCCCCUCUCCGGAGGCCUGCAGAGGUGGUCCUCAGGGCCUCUGAACCUCCUUCCCGUGUUUGGGAACCUGCCAUCACGUGAGUCGAAAGGCCCAGAUCACUGCUCUCAGCUGGCCUCUCGGGGCCUCGAGUCUGCAGCAUGUGGCUGGUGAGGCAGGGAUGGUUCAGCGUCCUUGCUGGGGCGGGGGUACGGCCGCAGGGCCGGCACCUGGAAGCCAGGGUCCCACGAGGCAGCGGGCAUGUCCAUGGGGCUGCGCAUUGGCGGUUUCAGUUGCGGCCUGACUAUCUGGGUCCUGUCUUCCUUGGCCUCCUGGUUCCAGUCCAGCCAACUGCCAAGCGGCGGCUCCUCCCGUCUGAAGGUCGAGCCUCUUUUCCCAGCCCGCUGGCCCUGGGAGGUGGGGGGGCCUUCCCAACCUGGCCUUUGGGAGGCCUUGCCUCUCGCAUCGUGGAACACUGGCACCACGUGACCAAGCCUGGGUCCGCGUCCAGCAGGAUGGGAGAGCCCUACGCAGGGAGCCUGUGCCCCCGCUCACCCCCACCUAUGCCAGCUCUCCCAGAUGAGGUCCCUGACAUGAAUGAGCCCAGCCAACCCUGUGCAGAGCAACGAGGGGCCAGCCCAGCCCAGCCCGGCCCAGCCGGUCACACAGAGUCGAACGGUGGUGGGAGCGAGCCCCGAAGUUUCGCCGGGUUAGUCCUGGAACACGAGCCUUCCUUAGUUCCUGCUCAGCUCCUCAGCCUGGUUCUCCAGCCUUCCCACCCAUUCUGCGAGCUUCCGGAUUCCUUCCAUAAAUCCUCUUUCUGCCUAAGUUCACCAGGGUUGGUUUCUGCUGUUAGCAUCUGAGAACCCUGGCCAGUACAGCACUUGGGGCUGGGAGUGGAUUCAGGUCACGGACCCUCAGGACCGCGGUGGGCUGCAAGCAGGCAACGCCCCGUUUGUACACAUACACCAGAGCGGCCACGGUUAAAGAGACUGAAGAUGAGGCGCUGGUACACACCCACGGGUCUGCCAAAGGACGUGGCCAGUCUGCCCACGGACGCUCUACCCCAAACACCAAAACAUGGAGACCACCCUUCAGCUAUGGGCCUGGUUGGCAAACUGGCAAAUUCAGACAAUAGAAUUCUGCUUUGCUGCGUGGAAUAGUGUACGUGAAUCUCAUAGACCAGAUACUGAGCCAAACAAGGCUGCUGCUGAAGGGCGCGUAUGGUAUGAGUCCUUCAUAUGAAGUUCAAGGGGAAGAUUAAUUCACAUGAACAGGACUCAGAAUAGCGGCUGCGCUGGGGGCGGGGUGUGGUACUAACUGGGCUGGGGGCGUGUUCACUGUCUAGAUUUGAGGGGAGGGUACAUGGUGAACAGACGUGAUGCCGAAAUGGUUUGAGCUCUACCCACUUGCAUAUACGCACAGGUGUAGAUAUAUAUCAUACACCAGAAAAGCCGGUUCCCCAAAUGCCACUGGCAUCCAGGAUGGGAAUCUGGCAUUGCAUGCUGUAGUGAACCGGCUGAUUCAGGUACUGCCGGUGGGCCCCUGGAAUGAGGGCCUCAAGGAUUGCAGGGUCAGGGGUGACUGCUUCUAGCGGGACUACAGCAAGGAUGAGGUCAGUGAGGACCCGUAGGUGAAGAACUUAAGAGGCAGUCAGUCUCAGGGGAUAGAUGCCUGGGAAAGCGCUUUGUCCUCUUCUGCUAUCACCGUCCUGCUUCCUGAAAGGUAGACAUGACGGCCGGAAUCCCAGCAGCCAUUACGGACCACGAGGUAACCAUAGGAUGACGGUCACAUACUAAGUGGUGCAGAAAGAGAAGAAUGCGAGAGAAAAUAAAGCAUCUCAUAAAAGCCA